AUGAUAUCUAGGUUUGCACGUAUACCUGCUAGAUCAUUAGGUAUCCAAAAAUACCGAUAUGCGUCUACGAAUCAUUCUCUAUCUAAUUUGUAUAAGCAAAUAUCUCAACAUGGCCAAAUAGAUCAGAGUCAACUCACAAAAAUCAAUGACAUUGUAAAAAAUUCACAAAGUAAUUUUGAACAAAACCAGAAACAAGAGGAUAUAGACUCUAUUCAUGAUUUGAUCAAGCUCGUCAAGUCUCAUGGAGAAUUGAAAAAUAUUGAAAAAUCUGAUAUAAUUAAUAAUUUACUUUCAUAUGGUCUCAAACAUGAUUUUUCAUUGUAUCACACAGCGAAGAAAAUCGAGAGCCAUAAAUGGUCAUCUGAUGCAUUAACUAGUCUUAUUGACUCAAACCCAGGUAGAGUAGAUCAGUCUUGGGAUUUGUAUUUAAGACACGGUAAAGAUAUCGAAAACGAUACGCUCUAUUCUAAGAUUUUGGAGAAAUUGUUGUUAGGCGAAAAAAUUGAAAUCAGCGAUAAUGAGUUUGAAAUUGAUAUUGGUAAGCUAGCUAAGUCAUUAGCUCUUGUUGAUAAGUUAAGCUCUCCAGAAGAUAGUGGUCAAAUAGAGAAUCUAUUAAAAGGUUUAAUUGACCUAAAAGUGCUUUCAGGUCUUUCAUUAAGUGGCUUAAAGAAUGGAUCCAUUGAAACUAAAUUAAUGCAAAUGGAUUUAGAUAGCUUGUCAUUUUUAAAGAUUUUCAGCAUGAUUUUCUAUGAAAACCCUGAUAUAUUAGCGAAGGAAGCAUUAUGUAAAGCGCUUACGAUUUCUCAUCAAUUAGACGAAAAUUUGGUCAAUGAAGAUAAUGAUAUUGAAAGUAAGAACUUUCAAAUGUUGCGUGAUGAAUAUUCGAAGAUUUCUCAGGUCAAUGAAGUAGAAUACAGUGAGUUUAAUCAUGACUCGAUAAUUAAGUUACGUAAAGAUUUACUUUCGUAUAUUGAAGAAAAUAGGUUAGAUAUGGAUAAAACACCAGAAUCCAUUCUUAUUAGAAUGAAAUUAAUUGAGACUUACGGCAUGGAUACUAAUGAUAUCAAAUUGGCAUUGGCAAAAUAUCACACUUACCAAACGCAUGAGAAAUUUGGUAUUGAAUUUAUUCAGCAUAAGCUAAUCCAAUCCUUUUGCUACCAGGCUAUAAGGGAAAGCAAUGAGCAUUAUUUGAAAAUAGCUGAAACAUUGCUUACUGUCGAAAAUAUUCCAAUUAAGGUGUUGCAAUGUUACAUAUUAGCAAAUUCUGAAUUCAACAUCGACAAAUCCUUAGACGUCUACAACGAUUAUAUUCAAAACGUUUCUCAAUCCAUCAAUGAACAUAGUGGAAGAUCACCAUCGGGAUUAAUGACUGAGUCAUUAAUGUUAUGUAAUUUAUAUCAUAACGACAGAGAAUUUGCCUACUUACUAUUUGAUAAAGCGGUUGCGAAUGGCAUAUUGUCUGACGAACAUGAAAUUUCCAUAAUCAAGAAAUUAUUCAAGGUUUACGGUGACUCAUUUGUUGAAGACAAUUGGGAUUGCGCAAAGCCUAUUUUGAAGAAGUACGUCUUAAACUCUAUUAGGUCCUUGUAA